AUGGAUGCAGUCAUGCUGCAGAGACGUAGACCUCUUAAAGUUCGUGAUAGAAACAGUUCAACGAGGAGUCAAGAAGGAUGGGCGGAGGCCGCCGCCGCCGCGUUGACUAAAACGAUGCGUCCUCCAGUGCCUCAAAUGGAUCUAAGUGGUCGUGCUGGUGGCCUUGGUAUUGAGUUGCUAAAUCAGUCAAAUUACAAGUUAAAUGCAAAGGCUGAGUUUGUCUUGAAGAGAUCCAUUUCACCUAGCCUAUUUGAUCAUAUAGUGAGAUGCAAAUCUGCUCAUGAGAUAUGGCAGACAUUUGAUAAGUUGUUCAAUAAGAAGGAUGAGGCUCAACCAUGGGCAUCAUAUCUCACUGGGGGCGAUGGAAAACUCUCCAACCUUCAACAAUACAGUGGCCGUAAAGCUAUUGUUACAGCUGAUAAUACAGUCCAUCAAGUGAAGAAUCAAGGCACGGUGAUCAUAAAUGGGAAGCACCAAGACUUGAUAAUGCUUGACAAUGUGUACCAUGUUCCGGGCAUGCGUAAGAAUCUGUUUUCAGUGGCAAAUGCUAUUGAUGCUGGUCAUUUCGUGCUAUUCAGACCCCAUGAUGUGAAGUUUCGUCGGAAUAUCAAGGAGUUGAAAGUUGAUGUUGUUCACAUCGGCAAGAGAGCAAAUGAUUUAUUUGUUUUGUCUGCUUCAAAUUUGUAUGUGGAAAAGAUGAGUAGCAAUGAUAAUCUCGCUAUUUGGCAUGCCAGACUUGGGCAUGUCGACAUGGAGAAAUUAAAGGCUAUGGUGAAGUUGAAAUUAGUUGAUGGGAUGCCUCAAUUAAAUAACUUCAGCGAAGGUCAUAUAUAUGAAGGGGUCAGUAUGGGAAGGAACAUCAGCUUUCUUUCAAAAGAUCAAUAUCAAGGUGUGAGGGUCCUCUUGAACUCGUUCAGAGUGACUUAA